GAGCAGCAGAGCAACAGCUUGUGAAUUUGAGGAAGCCUCGGCAGGCCAAGGACCUCACGGUUGCACAAGUGCUCGAGCUCCAUGUCAGGCUGCUCCCGAUCUUGGUUCCUAUGAUCGGAGUGCAUGGCAAGUGCUGGGUGGAUGAGGAUCACUGCAUAUUCCUUGAGGGGGACUUGCUUAGGACGACACAGGCCAUCUACAGCCGAGAGCUCUGCGCCGCUCCUGCAAGGCGGUUGCAGGACAUGAUCCGUGAGAUAGCCGAGGGCCGCUUCUUCCGGGACAACAGCGAAGAGGGCAGGAAGCCGACUCAGGUGAAAGUCGAGGUGGUUAGCAGCGACGAGUCUGAUCAAGACCCGCAGGACUCGUCGGAGAGCGAUUCCUCCAGGUCAUCCUCCACGUCUUCAGCUGGGGAUGAAGCCCCGCCGGUGGUCAAGAGGUGGAGGCGGGCCAAGGUGGAAGAUGCGGAUCAGGUGUGGUACAUCCACACUGUCAGUGGAGUUUUGCACCUCCUUGCAAGUCCGGAGGAUGUUCCGAUGUUGCUCGCAUGUGGGCGACCUGUGACCACGAAUUACAGGAAAGCCUCGGAGGACGAAGUGUGCAGAGGAUAUGCGAACCGACAAAAGAAGGUGGGCCUUAGCCGCGAAACCCUUCGGGCUUUCGCCGAUCAUGGCAUCGAUACGCUGAGCAAGCUCGCAUACUCGUGCGGGCAGCCUGGUUCUCCUCUUCCUCAGACAGAGUUUGAUGAUUUCGUUGCAAACUUGAUCCCUACAGCUCUUUUGGAGGAGAAGGGCAGUGUAAAGCGCCUUCUUUUUGAAAGCCAGGCCUUGCUGCUGAAUGACUUGAGAGAGCAGGUUACCCAACCUGAUAAAUGGUCUACGAAGGAUGUUCCCACGGUUGAACGACAGAAGAGGAUGGAGGCUGUCAAGGCCAGCAUACCAGGAGUGGUCGUCGAAGGGCCACUUGAGCCUUCGCACGGCUUGUUGAAUGCAGCCUGCAGGAUGGAGCGAGAGGGGCAGCUGCGCUACAUUGCUCCCGAGCAGUGUGGUACAAGGAUGUACGAGAUUCAGAACGUAAAAGCCCAGAGCAAAGUUCUUUCUCUUGAGGAAGGGAAGCUUGCUAUCUCCGAGGAGAAGGGGCUACCAGAGGUUGCAUGUGGUUCGGCAUUAUUGCUUCAGGAGGCCCUGAAGAGGAGGGGGGUCGCUUUGCAAUUUGCUGGGGUGGCUUCCUUCCUGGCACAUGAGAAGUACAUACAGAAGUUGUUCUCCCACAUGGGGCGAGAGCCCCCGCCGGGGCAUGCUCGUACGAGUGUGCAUCAGUUGCUGACUGCAGACAAGCAUGUGUGGACGAAGAUGAUUGAGGAUGAGGUUUCAGCUAAGCGAGGCCCCGACGGCCGGUACCCAGUUGACGAUGCACUGCUGCCUGCAUUACAGUCAUAUGAUGUCACAGUGUGCUUGCUGCCUCGUGAGGCAGCUCGCGAGGGCAAAAAGAGACCAGCACCCCCGAAGAAGUUUGCACAAGAUCGCGACCCGAAAAUCCCGAAAGGCGACCCCAACAAAGGCAAAGGUAAAAACAAGCGUGCGACUUGGCAGCCCAGUGUGCCUGAGGCGAUCCGCAAGUUGGGCGGCCACGCCCAGACUCCAGAUAAGAAGCGCAUUUGUUUCUCCAGAAACUUGCCGUGUGGGUGCAAUUUGGAUCCGGCAUCCUCCACUACAACCGAUGACAGUGUGGGCACCGCGGCGAAAGUCGCAGACAUUCUGCCUUUGAUUUCGCUUUUGGAGAGUGAAACGCCGAGCAGAGGUCUAAGAAAGCAUACGAGUGCUUUCCCAGCCUGUACGCGCUUGCUUUGUCAGCUUGUGCGAAUUUUUCCGGAUGCAGAUUUUUCUGCUGUGGCAAUCUUUAAGAACCUUCGGACUUCUUUGCAUGUUGACAUAAACAACGAGGUGGACUCGUGUAAUUACUUGAUUCCGGUUACUAGCUUCAAAGGAGGUGAAGUGUGGCAGCAGGGUCCUGGUACACAUGUCGUGCAGGACGAGCUGGGCUACAACCUCACAGGCUCAUUGCUGCGGGUUGCAGAUGGGCCUUGUGUCUUGAACCCCAGGGUCACACAUUGCACCUUGCCUUGGACCGGGGAUAGGGUUUUAGUUGUCGCCUUCAAGCUCGCGCAUGCUUCCGACUUGUCGCUUGCCUUUCGUGAACAGCUCAUAGGGCUAGGCUUCCCGGCUAAAUCGUUUGAGAAGGCACCUGCCGACCAACUUGGACAGGGAAACCCCAACGUGCAACAUCCCUUGAAGGAGGCAGACCAGAGCUUUACUCCGAACCCCAACGUGCAACAUGAUGUUCCUAUGCCUUGCGAAGUGGCCGAGCCGAAUGAUUCUUCGAACUCCAACGUGCAUUCUGCUGAGCACUCAGCUAUCAAGCAGAAUCCUCUUGAUGCCGAUGUUAGAUGGUAUGAUCCUUUGAUCCUAAAGUUUUUCUCGGGAAACGGUCGUGUCACUGCCUGCAUGAAGCAGCUAGGCCUCUCGGCCUUCGGGGUUGAUGCGGACCCUUCGACUUCAGUCACAACCUGUUUGCCUGCCGAUCUGUCCACAAGCAGUGGGCAGGCUCUUUGUCGCGAGUGGUUUGCUUCUCCUAGGCUGGCUGGAAUUUUUGCAACUCCCCUUAAUCGUGGGGCGACCGCUGCAGCAGCCACUACUUUUCUGGCCGAGCUCGUUCUGGAGGCAAUACCUAGAGGUGUCAUCUGUGUGAUAGGCGGGCCUAUGGAUGCUGACUACUGGGCAGACGCCUUCUUGGGCUAA